AAGAAGAGAAGAGAGGAAGAAACAGAGAAACAAGAAUGGAGAUUUCUCCUUACUGUCUGCUUUCUCUUCUUCCCAUUUUCCUCCUCUCUGGUUUCUCCCUUUCAUAUGAUGAAUUUGAUCGUCACGCGGCAACAAGCAGAGCUCUUCUUCAGGCAAGGACAACCUGCAAAGAAGAUUUUGCGAGCAAGAACUACACAAUCAUAACAAGCAAAUGCAAAGGUCCAAAUUAUCCCGCAACUGUGUGUUGCUCUGCCUUCAAGGACUUUGCUUGCCCUUUUGCAGAAGUUCUUAACGACGAAAAGAACGAUUGUGCCUCCACUAUGUUCAGCUACAUCAACAUCUACGGCCGUUAUCCUCCUGGAAUCUUUGCUAACAUGUGUAAAGAGGGUAAAGAAGGUCUCGACUGCACCAACGUCACCCAGUCCGCAUCCGCAACUUCUGAUUCUAUCCCUCAAGCCUCCUCAACUGCAUCUCUCACUCUUCUUUCCACCUUCCUCGUUCUCUGUCUUUUCUUCUUGUCUUCUUCGUAAAGUCUUUUAACAACACAUCUCAGAUCAUGUUCCAUGGGUAAA